CUGCGCUGCCUUCUUCCCUGUCUGCUCUGCCUUCCCUGUCUGCUUUCCUUACCUGUUUCCCCUGUUUCCUUGUGUUCUCUGCCUGUUUUCCCUGCCUUUCCAGCCCCUGUUUACCCCACUUUUCCUGCCUGCCCUGCUCCCACCUUGCCACCCCCCUCUGACCCUACCCUGCCACCUUUCCAGCCUGUCCCACUGCCCCCUUUCCUACCCUGCGAACCCCGGUGUCUCCUGGUGGCUGUGCCGGGCGCGUCAGGCUCCUGCUCCCUUCCCGAUCCAAAUGUGCGGCUCCUAACGCGAGAUGUGAUUUUUGUCUUGUUUGUUCCAAUCGGUGAGAAGCUGAAAAUAAGGCAGAGUGGUGUUUUUGUGCUGAGGGACAGAUCCCAGGGGGCACAGAAGGUGUUGAACACAGAUCUCUCCGUCUCCUGCCUCUCCCACCUCAGCAGAAGCAAAAACUUGCAGAACACGGGUGAACUCCCUGCUUUGCCCUCAAAGGUGGGAAUGGAAGGAGCCUCUUGGCUUGGCUUUGAGUUAUAAUCUGAAAAGACAGAUGGAAACUGCUGGAAAUGCCUGUGCAGGGUCAAUAAAGGCUGUUCCACCUUCCCUGCCGUGUGUGAACAUGGAACUGGCUGUUCCAGCCGAGCAGUCGGUGCUGCUGACCUUAAACCUGGGCUCCCCUCGAGGCUGGAGGCGUCAGGGUUGUGUUUGUGUGUGUUGAUGGUGUUUUUUCCCUGCUGGCUGAUGAUUUGGAGUGGGUUUGGAAGCUGCUGUCGCUUUGCUUUGGGUUCUCCUGCAUCACAUUUAGUGCUGUGUGUGGAGGUUUGGCUGCUCUUCCCGUGUUUUUCUGUGGUUUAGGUGGAUUUUGGAGUGUUUUGGAAACAUCCUGGGUUUUAAGCGACUCCAGGUUGGAGCAGAGGAGAAAAAACAGCUGAGAAAGGAGAGGCUGCAGUGAGGGUUGGUUUAAUCACACCAACAACUUGUGGGUGAAGGAAUUUAAAAAUAAUCGUGGCACUGAGUGGGUGAAACACCAGGGCUGGAUUCCAGGCCCCUUUGAGCAUCUUUACAGAGCUCUGGAUACUCAACGUUUAUUUUUGUGUCCCCCUGCAAGUCCAAAUGAUUGUUUAGGACCACAGAUGCUGAGGAAAGGGGGCAACUGGGGCUGUCCUGGGUGUUGGAUUUUGGCAGGAGUCCUCUGGCCCCGGUGGCUGCUCCAGACAAGGGAAUUUGGGCCCUUGGCAACCCCGGGAGCUGCAAGAAUUUCACUUUGCUUGACCUGCAGCGUCUGCCCUGCCUUGCACAGGUUCCAGGUGUGUUUGGUGUGUCAAACUUGCCUUCAGGAGGUUGCUGAAAACUCAAACCACAGCCCUGAGUGUGUGAUGGGCUUGGUACAGGUCAGACAGGUUUGCUAUUAGGAAAAAAAAAAACCUCAAGAACCAGGAAUAAUUUGGUUUUGAGUCACUUUGCUGCUACUUGGAGGAAGAUUCAUUUGGGUUUGUCCCUUUUCUGUGUGAAAAUGAUACCAAUUCUUCACUCUGCAGUGCUGCCUGGGUUUUCCAGGGGAUGCAGAAGGAUUCCUGGUGAAGGAAAUCUUUGGGAAAGAAUGUUCUGUUUAGCCUUGAGUGGAAAGGUGAACUGCAAUGCAAACAACUCCCUCAAGGUCGCCAAAUAAAUGAGGCUUGGAGGAGUUCUGUGCUUUAGUUGUGCUUUAAAUCCACUUCUCCUUGUUGCUGCACAGUCAGAGAUGAAGCUCUGGGUGCUGUGUUGGUGCUGUAAGGCCUGGCUUACCAGAAAAUAAUCAAAUUUAGUGGAAAUCUGCAGCAUUCUGGCCAAGCAGAGGCGAUGGUUAACUGUGAACCCUACCAAAAUGAAUGCAGAGGGAGCAGUGGGGUGGGCAAGGCUCCAGGCAGGGUGGAAAGCAUUUCCCUGAGGAAAUGGCACUUCCUUGGCACACUUGUGGCUCGUUCUGCUUCACCAUGGAAGGUUUGAAUUCUUCCUUUUCCUUUUUUUCUUUUGUUUUUAGAGGCAAUUUAAACUGCUGGGGGUGAGGGGGGGGGAGGUUUAGAGCAGUUAUUGUAAUUACUCAUUAUGUGCUGAAGUAGUUCCUGGCAAAGUUGUAUUGACUGAGGGCUGCUUCUAUUCCAGAUAAUCCCAUGGAAAAAAAAAAUAAAAAAUCCCUCUGUGCUGGGAUUUGUCUCUUUGGGGACCUCCUGUGUGGCUUUGGUGACAUCCAGGCCAGUGCAUGCAGGACCUGCUGAUGGGGAAAGCAUGAGUUUAGAAUAUUUUAUUGCCAUUUCUUUAGGAUAUUUCCUCGGAGAAACAACUUUUGAGCUCGUGGAGGGGUUUUGGGGUCGCUUUUCCUUCUGAAGGACGGGAAUUGUUCCCUGGCGCGUGGAGAGGCCCCUGCUCGAGGAGCUGUGCCCUCCCUGAGAUAAAGCUGCUUUCUGUCUUGCAGAUAAGAGCUGGUCUUCGGUUUGUGGCCGUGGCUAACACAGCUGAGGUGUUCCCAGCAAAGCAGCUGAAGAAUGGAGCUCUGUUUUCCCUUGCCAAGAUUCCCUCUGUUCCUUCCCAGCUCCCUCCAGCGCACUUGGAAUAAUCAGCUGCCUCUGGGAGCUGAGCUGUGGGCUUUAACCAUUUCCCAGUGGCCCUAAUUCAGGGCAGAGCCUCUAAAACCACGCCAGAAACUGGGAUUUUUAGCCUCAGUUUUAUUGGGGGGCCUGAGUUCCAUCAGGGAGGGAGGCAGGAACAGCUUUUAUUUGUAUUCGACAGCAAAGGGAGCACAUAAAAAACUUAAACUCUUCCAGAUAUUGUAAUUUAGGGAUUCUUUUAGGCAAUGAUUCCUUCAAAUAGUCCUAACACUUCCUGGCCAGGCCUUGGAGGGAGAAAGAGCCCUGGACUGUUCCCAGCUCAUGCUUUGGGGUGGGAUUUGUGCGCAGCGAGGUGGAAGUGACUGAGGAGAGCUGGGGCCGCAGGGUUGAUUUUUAACAGCCUAAUCAAACUGGAAGGCAGAGAGGGACCUCAAGGGGAGAGUUCAUCCCGUUCUGAGCAUUCCAGCCCUUUUUUUCCCCGUGAUUUCCAGUGAUUUUCCGGGCUGCUUUUGCUCCGAGGCUGCAGUGAUCGAAGCUCUUAGCACAUCUCCCCCUCUGUCAGCCUCGAGUGCUCAGCUGAGCAAUGAUUGAAGGGAACCGAACAGGAGCAACUUCCCCGGCUGCUGGGGCACCUCAGCCUGCCCGGGAGAGGGGUGAAAAUUCCUGCAGGAGCUUCCCUGGGUUUUGUUCCUUCCUAAUUUCAUCCCGUGCUUUCAUCAGCGCCGUUAAUGGCAUCAUAAAGGCAAAGGAGGGAGGAGAACUGAGGGGAGCUGGAGCUGUAGCUCUUCUGCCCCUGUGGAAGCGUGACUGGUAUGGGUAAUGGUGUGAGAGAAGGUCCAGUGGAAUUCCAGAGGGAUGUGGAGCCCGUCACGGCCCGAAUUCCGGCAGAGGAUAACCAGGAGAAGAAGAAAGUGCUGAACUCCCUGAUGUCUGGGGCUCUGGCUGGGGCUGUGGCUAAAACUGCAGUGGCUCCUCUGGACAGGACAAAAAUCAUGUUCCAAGUGUCUUCAAAAAGAUUUUCUGCCAAGGAAGCGUACAGGCUGAUUUAUCACACCUACCUCAACGAGGGCUUCUGGAGCCUCUGGAGAGGGAAUUCCGCCACCAUGGUCCGGGUGAUCCCCUACGCCGCCAUCCAGUUCUGCGCCCACGAGGAGUACAAGCAGAUCCUGGGGAAUUACUACGGAUUUCAGGGAAAGGCGCUGACGCCUUUCCCUCGCUUCAUUGCCGGCUCCCUGGCUGGCACCACGGCUGCCAUGGUCACCUAUCCCCUGGACAUGGUCCGUGCCCGCAUGGCUGUCACACCCAAGGAGAUGUACAGCAGCAUUGUCCACGUCUUCAUCCGGAUAUCCCGGGAGGAGGGGCUGAAAACCUUGUACAGGGGCUUCACACCGACCAUCCUGGGGGUCAUCCCCUAUGCUGGCCUCAGUUUCUUCACCUACGAGACGCUGAAGAAAGUCCACGCAGAGCACAGCGGGAAGGCGCAGCCCUCGCCCCCGGAGCGGCUGCUGUUCGGGGCGUGCGCCGGCCUCAUCGGGCAGUCGGCCUCGUACCCGCUGGACGUGGUGCGGCGCCGCAUGCAGACGGCCGGCGUGCUGGGCCACACCUACAGCUCCAUCCUGCUCACCAUGCAGGAGAUCGUCAGGGAGGAGGGACUCAUCAGGGGCCUGUACAAAGGGCUCAGCAUGAACUGGGUCAAGGGCCCCAUCGCCGUGGGGAUCAGCUUCACCACCUUCGACCUGACACAGAUCCUGCUCCGGAAACUGCAGCACGGCCCCGGCCUGGAGAGGUAGUGGCUUCAUCCCCACAUGUAGAAAGAGCAAUUAAUUCCCUGGCCUCUCACGUGCUCCUGCAGCUGAGAACUCGCCCAUCUUGUUGGGUUUGGUGGGU